AUGAAUCUGUGCACACAGAACUUGAUCUUUCUUUUGGCAUUGCUCUACCCGCUCUGUAUUACUGCCUAUCCCAAUGGACAGGGUAUAGAGGGAUCAUGCACCACGCUGCAGCCAAGUCACGGGGCAUCAGCUCAAACAAGCAGCGCCCCUUAUACUGUGGGACUGUCUAAAUCAACCUACAGUUCAGGAGAGAGAAUUACAGUCACUCUCAACACUAAUCCAGGAGCAACCCAGUUCACUGGUUUUCUGAUUCAGGCUCGUGCCGGUAGCAGUAACAUUCCUAUAGGAUCUUUUGAGAUCAAUAACUCAAAUGCACAAAUGUUGACAUGCACGACCACUGCGAGUGCGGUGAGUCAUACCAGUAACUCGAAGAAAUCAAACAUACAAGUAACUUGGGUAGCACCAAAUGCUAACAUUACAAAUCUCCAAUUCAGAGCCACAGUUGUACAAGUGGAAAAAAUAUUCUGGAUAAAUGUAGCUAGUUCUACACUAACCUAUGUUGCAGCAACUACAUCCAGUACAACAGUGAGCACCCCAACUACAGCUACACAAUCUAAUUCUUCAAGAAACAUCGGCAUCACGGCUAUAGCUACACAAUCUAAUUCUUCAAGAAACAUCGGCAUCACGGCUAUAGCUACACAAUCUAAUUCUUCAAGAAACAUCGGCAUCACGGCUAUAGCUACACAAUCUAAUUCUUUAGGAAAUACCAGUAUUACAAGUAUAGCUAAUCAAUCGAUUUCCUCUGGAAGCACCAGCACCACAACUAUAGCGAAUCAAUCUACUUCUUCAGGAAGCACCAGCACCACAACUGUAGCUAAACAAUCUAAUUCUUCUGGAAGUACCAGCACCACAACAGUAGCUAAACAGUCUACUAAUAGUGGAUCCAUAUUAUUGGUGAGUAUUUUUAACUGCACCUGUCCAUUUAAUCCGGAUAGUUAG